AUGACUAACCCAGCUCAUUACCAGGGUAAUGACUACCAGACUCAAGCUGGGGAGACAGUCAUGCACUACGACCAGAAUGCUUAUGGCCAGCACUAUGAGCAGCCAACGCAGCAAUACUACGCUCAGCCAGAGAUGGAUGCUGAGUACCAGGCUCAAGUGAAUGCUCAGCAGGAGGCUCAGCAGCGUGCACUGCAGGAACAGGCCCAGCAGCAACCAACUGAAAAGGCACAGGCCCCCGCUGAGCCCCAGGGUGAUGGCGAUGACCUUCCAGAAGACGAGUAUGGAGCACUUGUCGCUUUCAUCCGCUCUCAAAAGCGUUCGGGCGGUGACGAUGAAGAAGAGGAUACCGGUAUUCGAGUCGUUAAGAAGCGCGACAUGUGGCGCCCGUGGAAGGUUCGCGAGGUUCGCGUUAACAAGAACGGCGAGGAGGAGACCGUUGCUCAGAAAGUCCCUCAGGCUUGGCUCGAGACCGAUGUCUUCCAGGGUGUGAGCGAGUCCGAGGUGCCUAAGCGCCGUGCCAUGUUCGGCUACAACGAGCUCGAAAGUCCGCAUGAGAAUCUCGUGCUCAAGUUCAUCGGUUUCUUCCGUGGUCCAAUUCUGUACGUGAUGGAGCUGGCUGUGGGUCUUGCCGGUGGUUUGCGUGAUUGGAUCGAUCUUGGUGUUAUUUGCGGUAUUCUUAUGCUUAACGCAUUCGUUGGUUGGUAUCAGGAAAAGCAAGCUGGUGACAUUGUCGCUCAGCUCAAGGCCGGCAUUGCACUCAAGUCGACUGUUGUUCGUGACGGCCAGGAGCGCGAAAUCGAGGCUCGUGAAAUCGUCCCCGGUGACAUUGUGAUUGUUGAGGACGGUAUGACGGUUCCUUGCGAUGGUCGUCUGCUGGCUGCUUAUGAAGACAAGGACCUCUCCCAGGCUACAGCUAUCCGUCAGCGUAUGGAAGAGACAAAGCACGAGAAGGGUGGCGAUGACGACGAUGAUUCAGGUGUCGACAAGGGUCCCGCGAUUAUUGCUUGUGACCAGUCAGCUAUCACUGGUGAAUCGCUUGCUGUCGACAAGCACAUUGGCGACAUGGUCUUCUACACCACUGGUUGCAAGCGCGGAAAGGCCUAUGUGCUUGCCACGGACAUUGCUAAGCAAUCGUUUGUUGGUCGCACUGCUGCCCUUGUUACCCAAGGCGGUGGUGGUGGUCACUUCCAGAAGGUCAUGACCCUCAUUGGUACUACGCUUCUUGUGCUCGUCAUUGUCUUUGUACUUGUCGUCUGGUUUGCUGGCUUCUUCCGCAACAUUGAGAUUGCUCGCCCAUCGGACAACAACUUGCUCAUCUACACUCUUAUUUUCUUGAUCAUUGGUGUUCCUGUCGGUCUUCCGUGUGUCACCACUACGACGAUGGCUGUCGGUGCUGCCUAUCUUGCGAAGCGUGAGGCUAUUGUGCAAAAGCUUACUGCUAUUGAGUCGCUUGCUGGUGUGGACGUGCUUUGCUCCGACAAGACUGGUACCCUCACUGCCAACAAGCUCUCGAUUCAUGAACCUUUCACUUCUGAGGGUGUUGAUGUUAGCUUCAUGAUGGCCGUUGCUGCACUUGCUUCUUCGCACAACGUGCGCUCGCUUGACCCGAUCGACAAGGUGACGCUUACAACGCUCAAGGACUACCCAGCUGCUGUCGAGGAGCUCGAGUCUGGAUGGACGACCAAGCGCUUUACGCCAUUUGACCCCGUGUCUAAGCGGAUCACUUCUGAAGUCGCUAAGAAUGGAAAGGACUACGUUGCUGCCAAGGGUGCCCCUAACGCUAUUUUGAAGCUCUGCAACCCGCCUCAGGAACAGGCUUCCCAGUACCGUAAGGUCGCUGGCGACUUCGCCGCGCGUGGUUUCCGUUCGCUUGGUGUUGCAAUUCAGGAGGAUGGCAAGUGGCGUCUGCUUGGUUUGCUCCCUAUGUUCGACCCCCCGCGUUCUGACACUGCUGCUACGAUCGCUGAGGCCCAGAGUCUUGGUGUGUCGGUUAAAAUGCUCACUGGUGAUGCCGUUGCGAUUGCGAAGGAGACCUGUCGCAUGCUCGCGCUCGGAACUAAGGUGUACGACUCGCAGCGCCUGAUUGGUUCGGGUGGUAUGGCUGGUUCAGCUAUUCACGACUUCGUUGAGGCUGCCGAUGGUUUCGCUGAGGUCUUCCCUGAGCACAAGUACCAGGUCGUCGAGAUGCUCCAGCACCGUGGACACCUUACGGCCAUGACUGGUGAUGGUGUGAACGACGCUCCGUCUCUCAAGAAGGCUGACUGUGGUAUUGCUGUCGAGGGUGCAUCGGACGCUGCCCGCUCUGCUGCCGAUGUUGUCUUCCUGGAUGAGGGUCUCUCGACCAUCAUUACUUCGAUUAAGGUGGCCCGUCAGAUCUUCCACCGUAUGAAGGCCUACAUCCAGUACCGUAUCUCGUUGUGUAUCCAUCUGGAGGUGUACCUGUUGCUCUCGAUGAUCAUUUUGAACGAGUCGAUCCGCGCCAACCUGGUUGUGUUCAUUGCCUUGUUCGCUGAUGUUGCUACGAUUGCCAUUGCUUACGACAAUGCUCCAGCUUCGCGUGAGCCUGUUGAAUGGCAGUUGCCAAAGAUCUGGAUUAUUUCCGUCGUGCUUGGUCUUCUUCUUGCCGGUGGUACUUGGAUUUGCCGUGCUACGAUGUUCCUGACUGGCGGUGGUAUUAUCCAGAACUUCGGUAACAUCCAAGAAAUCUUGUACCUUGAAGUUGCUUUGACCGAAAACUGGCUUAUUUUCGUAACUCGUCUUGGUGGCGGCGAGUCAGAGAUCACGCUCCCCUCGUGGCAGCUCGUCGGCGCUGUGGCGGUUGUUGAUAUCCUUGCCACUAUCUUCGCUCUAUUCGGUUGGCUGUCAGGUGCCGAGCACCGCAACUCUAUCACUGCCCCUCACGGCGGUUGGACGGACAUGGUGACCAUCGUUCGUGUAUGGGCAUAUUCGUUCGGUGUUAUGGUGGUGUGCGCUCUCGUGUACUAUGUGAUGUGCCGCAUCCCAUACCUCGACAACCUUGGUCGCCGUAACCGCUCGGUCAAGAAUGAGGUACUUGAGGACUUCUUUGCAAAUGUCCAGCGUCUUACGCUUGUUCACGAGAAGGGCAACGAAGAGGGCCACGAUGUGUACUCGUUCCAGACUCGUCUCGAUGUUGACGACGAUGAGUAA